AUGUUGAUCACUGCCUUGACCAUCCUUCUGCUCUCCAUCGUAGCGAACGCACAGAUAUAUGGCCCAGCACCUGGUGGUAACACUGGAAACACCCCGACCGUUGCUGCUCCUGUUUCCGCACCAUCUGCGCCGCCAAGUACCAGCAGCCAGAUCAAUGUUGACGUGGCCGCUGGCGGUAAUUUCGUGUUCAAUCCUAGUAAUAUCACAGCAUCCAACGGGACGCUCGUGACUUUCUUCUUCCCCGGCGGUUCACUUGCCCAUUCGGUCACUCAAUCGUCAUUCGAUGAGCCAUGCACGUAUCUUGCAGCCACAAAUGGGAGCUCUGGAGGGUUCGAUUCCGGAUUACAGACAGGGGUCCAAUUUACCAUCAAUAUCACAGACGACACACAACCUAUCUGGUUCCACUGCAAGCAAGUGAGCCAUUGCGGUCUGGGCAUGGUUGGCUCGAUCAACGCUCCCUCCACGGGGAACACCUUCUCCGCUUUCCAAGCUGCGGCUCUCAAAAUCGGCGGGAGCGAGGUCCAGGAGUCAGACAGUGGGCCUGUGACAGGGGGUGUGGGCGCCAUCGCCACGGCGACACCGGCCGCGACGGCUUCGGGGUCGAGCAGUGGGUCGUCGUCCUCAGACGCUACCCGCCUGGCGGUCAAUGGGGCAUCUGCCUUGAUCGCGGCAGCUGUGACCUUGAUGUUUGUGUGA